CUCGCUCAAGAAAGUGUUUGCCUACUUCCGGUGAUAUUACUUUUGUGUCUUACAGCGAUAUCACGUCCGACUUCCUCAGGGCACACUUAAGCAAUCCAACAGUCGAACGAGCCAGUUCUUCCAAUACCAUGUGGACCGAAUCGAUAGUGACCUCUCCGAAUUACAGGCCUUUGAGCAUCCCCCACGAUGUGACAUUAUGGGGCUUCAUAUCUUCGGAGAUCAAGAGAGUGAUUAACCACUUCGGUGACGCACCUUGGAUGGUAAAUGGGGUGUCUGGAGGGAUUCGGCGGUUUUCAGAGAUUCAAGAGCUGGUGGAAAAAGCAGCUUCUAACUUGAGGAACAGAGGUUUGAAAAAAGGCGAUGUGGUAUGCUUUCACAGCGAAAAUCACGUAGAUUACGUGAUUCUUGUUUUAAGCGUCAUCGCAUGUGGAGCUGUGCCGUUUUUGCUCCCUCUCUGCUCAACCGAUGCAUUAGAGGACCAAUGCCACCUGGAGAGCUUCCAAAUAAUUUUCUGCUCUGCAUCCAACUACGAAGACGUUUGCGCUCGCAUAAAAUCAUGUCCAUCAGUCAAAUACGUCAUCAGCAUGGAUCCACAUCCAUCUCGAAAAAUUCAGACUUCGAAUGAUCUGUUCCAGGGGUCACCAGAUGGAGUCGUGAAAGUAACAGGAGUUGAGAGCGACUUGGCUGUGAUUUUCUUAAGCAGUGGAACGACUGGUAAACCAAAGACCAUUGAACAUACUCAUUACAGCAUGAUUGCUGGUUUCUGCAACACUGCCAGGGAAGUGAAGGAAUGGGAAGGGACUGAAGAUUGGAGAAUGGUGAUACCAUUCCACCUGGGACACGUGUCUGGUUUAUGUCAUGCUUUCAUGGCCAUAAGAUUGGCUCAUCAACUCAUCUUCCUUCCCAAAUAUGAUCCUUCCCACCUCUUAGCUGCCAUUCAACGAUACAAGGUGCCCCAUAUUGAAGUCACAGAAAAACACGUCCUCAUUCGUGUCGUCAUCGAUGCCUGCACAGCUGCCAUGAGCCAAAUUCUGGUACUGGCUGUUGAAGAUGGGCGAAUUUUGGUUCCAGAUGAACCCGGCGAACUCUGCUUCAAGUCCCCAUCUCAAAUGAAAGCUUACAGACACGAUGAGGAUGAAACUUGGAGAACAAUAGAUGAGCAAGGAUUCAUUCAUACUGGCGAUUACGGAUACAUUGACAAAGACGGAUACGUCUUUCUGUUGGCUCGUGUGACGGAUCUCAUCAAAAUUAGUGACAGCGGACAAAUCUCCCUGAUACCACCAACCAAAGUCGAAGACGUUCUGCUCUCACAUGUUGACGUAAUGGAUGUUGCCGUUUUUGGUGUCCCUUCAUCUGGAGACCAGGGACUCGAAUCUGGAGAUUCUCUAGUUGUCUCCGUGGUGAAGAAGAAGGAAUCAGACUUGACAAAGGAUCAACUGAUCUCCUUCCUUCGUGUACCUGACGAUGGAGUAUCAAAGUCCGCGCUGGGACAUGCGACAAGCAAUCCCUCAAGCACUUCCAAUGUGGUCGUGGGUGAAGCAGAAGGUGAAAUCUCAUCUGGACAACCUGGGCGACAGAGACUGGAUCACCUCAUUCCAAAUAUUUUGAAAAGAGAACGGAUCAAGCUCUGCAUAAUCUCAAACGGAGUCGCUGGAAAAGUUGCAGAAGCAUGUGCCUCGAUUGACCGACAGCCUGUCGUGGUUACGUUUGAAGAAGAAGAUGGAUUCAAGUCCCUCCGAACUCUUCUCACUGAAGCAAGCGAUAUCCCUUUCCCGGAAGUGGAUAAGAAUUCGGACGAGGAUGUGGCCAUGAUAUAUUUUUCCAGCGGGACGACAGGGGAACCAAAACCCAGCACUCGUUGCCUCUACCUCCUAUUGGUCGUCUCCUGGGACAGCGAAGAGAAGAACGAGAGUUCGUGGAUUAUGGCAGCAUCCUUGAAUUUCAGUCACAUAGCCAGUCUGUUGUUCCUGUUCUUUUCCCUCAAACGGGGUCAAAAGUACAUCAUGUUUUCAAGAUACCAUCAUGAUAUCCUCUUCCCAGCCGUCGAGAAGUACAAGGCGACCCACUUGGUAAUUUUCCCCAGUACAGUAAUUCACAUCUGCAAAAAAGCCGAUUCGAAGAAAUAUGACCUACACAGCCUCAGAACGCUCAUUGUCAGUGGAGCACCUUUGUCCUAUAACAUGGAAAAGGUCUUGCGGGCUCGCCUCCCGAAUGUCAGCGACUUCUGCCAGUGUUACGGGAGCACCGAAGGGACGUGGCUGACGUUCCGUGGGAACGGAUGCUACAAACCCGGGUCCAUUGGAAUACCUUACCCUUUGGUCGUGGCAAAGGAAACGCGAGAGACCUUGCACGAGGAUGGAUACCUGUAUACGGGAGACUACGGCUACAUGGACCAAGAUGGUUUCUGUUUCGUCAGAGAUCGGAUCAAAGACCUUAUCAUCCGAGAGGAACAAGGCCUGGAAAUAAUCGUGGCGCCGAGUGAGAUCGAGGGUGUAUUGUACCUGCAUCCAGAUGUAAUGUCUGCUGCAGUUUAUGGUGUUCCGGCCGUAGGAAUCAACGGAUUCGUCCCCAGGGCUUCUGUCAUCAAGAGGGACGAAUCGAAUGUCCAGGAACAAGAACUCAUCGAUUUUGUUGCAGGAUGCGUAUCUCCAGAAUGUGUUCUCUUGGGUGGGCUGGAAUUCUUGUCCGCAAUACCCAUGACCCCUGCUGGAAAAGUCUACCGCAAGCAGCUUCAGGAAGCCUUCAUUGCUAAGAUCAAGGCAAAACUUGAAAGCAGAGAAUCAUGA